ACGUGCAAUGGCCUGGGGAUUUUGGUCUGCAAGUACUGUCUCAGAUCGAGGACGUUCACCACGACGUGCCACUGCUGCAACGUCAUCAGCGAUCUAUUAUCAGCCUCAGCAACAGCAAUGCACUGUAUCUAUGAAUCAUUGCACACAGCCUGAAGAAUCAAAUAUUCAAGUUAUGCCAAUACAACAGCAACAACAACAGAAUACAAUGACAUCGGUUUGUGGAAGUCCUUGUCAAAGUACGAAUCAAUUAACUGACAUUAUAUGUCGAGCUGUUCAACCAUCAAUUCAGUCAGCGACAAACACAUUGACAAGGAAUGCAUCGCUUCGAGAUACAGGAGAUUACGCAAUACCUCAACCACAUCCACAUCAUCAUAUAAUGAGAUCAAAGUCACCAUCAUCAAUAAUUCGAUGUGGAUCAUGUCCUGGUUCGACGGGGGUUUCAAGACGUGGUUCGAGCUCUGAAUCAAGCCCUGCAGGAACCGUUGGACAUGUAAGUGUCUUAGGUGGAAGUGAUGGAGCUAGUGUUAUAGGUCAAGGUGGUUACUAUACCGACACAACUCAUUACGAUCGAAUGCCAAUGCCAAUACCAAUCGUUUCUAUUCCACCACACAUGAGCAACAUGCAUUCGGAAGAUGAAAUCGAACCAGCUUAUGCUACGGUCUUUCCAAAUCCAACCACAAACAUUCCACAACCCCAGCAACAACAACAAAUAAAUUAUCAAACGGAAGAUCGAAGUAUUUAUCGUCGAGGCGCGAGACGGUGGAGAAAGUUAUACAGAAUAAACGGGCAUAUAUUUCAAGCUAAACGUUUUAAUCGAAAAGCAUUUUGCACAUUUUGUCAUGAUCGAAUUUGGGGAUUGGGAAAACAAGGAUUCAAAUGCAUUCAAUGUAAAUUACUUGUUCAUAAGAAAUGCCAUAAACUUGUUCAGAGACCAUGCGGUAAAGAUUACAGUGAUGGUAUAACAACAGACAGUGGUGAGACCACUGAAGAUUUUCUGUUUCAAGUGAUUUUAGAAAAGGCAAUUCGCAUUCCUCGCUCACUUAGCGUUAAAUCUGCCUCGGUUUUGAAAGGAUUUUUGAAUAAAAGUCCCGCUGAAAGACUCGGAUGUCAGCGGGAAAACGGAUUUCUCGACAUCAUUAAUCAUCAAUUCUUCAAGACUAUUGACUGGGAGAUGCUCGAACAAAAGCAAGUUAUGCCACCAUUUCAACCUCGUCUCGAAAACGACCGUGACUUGACAAAUUUUCCACCAGAAUUCACCGACGAACCAGUUCAUCUGACACCAGACGAAGAUCGUAUUAUUGAGAAAAUUGAUCAAUCAGAAUUUGAAGGUUUUGAAUAUGUUAAUCCAUUGUUGAUGACGUUUGAUGAUUGCGUCUGACACAACUCAAACUGUCAAUAUCAUCCUAAUUACAACAUGCAGAAUUAUGAAGAUUCGAGUGAAUAUGAUUCAGUUGCGGAUGAGAUGAAUCUUCUUCACAUGCGUGAGAUACAACCAGCACCAUCGAAGAGUCUUCUGCAACAUAUGUUUUGCCUUCCAUUGAACUAAAGAAUUUUAGCGGCAGAAUAAUGUUAAUGUGGUUCUAGGAUAAUUUAAAAAAAUGAAAUAAGAAGAAAACAUUGCAAAUAAUAACAAAACUUGAAUUUAGCAACAAAUUUAUUUACUCAUUUCUUGCACAAAAACAAAAUGUUUAACGCAUAAAAGUUGUAGGUGAAAAUGAAAUUAGAACAAAGAGAAAAAAAAAACAAAAAUCUUUUAAUGUUAUGUAUUUUAAAGCCCUGAAGAAUUACUAAACCAAUAUGAAACGAUAAACUUGCACAAUGGGGUCAAUUUAACGAAAUUAAAUAUAUAAAAGUAAAUAAAAAUUUUACAUAAAAAAGACGAAUGAUAACAUUGAUAAUGAAACGUCCAUAUUGAGACUGUUGCUGUCGUAGGGGAUAAAGACGAAUGAACAAACGAAUGAUAACUGUUCAGAUAAAUAUCUAAGUAAGUAACAACAUCAAUAAACUUUUCAUUUUUCUCUUCUUUUUUAUCCAAAACAGCAGAAACAAGCUCAAUUUUCUUUUAGCAUAUUUAUCACUUGAUUCACUCUUUCAAACUUUACAAAAGAAUUAAACAAGCAACUCAAAUCUAAAGACUUACCUCUUGGGUGUAACAAAAAACAUGACACAGAAGCAACAUAGAUAAUGAAUUUAAAAAAGAGAAAAUCUAAAUUGUAGCAUAAAGUGAAUAAAAAAUUUCUUUGUUUAUAGUUCUGUGAAUCAUUUUUAUUGUUCCACUUAGAGAAAAUCAAAGAAAAUUGCACUUUGCUCCCUGUUAUUGUUUUCAUUAUGAUAAAACAAAAAAUUUAUGGAAAAAGCUCCUGGUUAAAAUUGUAAAAAUUAAGAGAAAUGAUGGAAAAUAUUUUAAUCCUCUUUGUUAGACUAAAAAAAGCGAAUAGUAUAUCCUAUCUAAAAAUUGUUGUUAAUUGAAAUUGUGAUUUAUGGUGCUUGAGUUUUGAAGCUACAGUCCAGGAUGUGAAUGGAUGUGUAAAUCUGUCUGUGUACGUGUGUGGAUUGAUGAAAAUUGAAUUUUUUGGCAAAUACAUUAAUGUAGAUAAAAGCUUUUUUAUGUUCACUUCGAAAAAAUCGAAAUUGAAUUUCGACUGUAGCUUCACAAUCUCCUACACCAAUAAGUAGUAGAAAAGUCAUUAAUUUGUUUAACCGCAAUUAAAUUUCUAAUUGUUCAUUAAAAAACUGUUUCAGACUUAAUCGACUCAACAAUCAGAAAAAUUAUUUCUCAUUUUUGUUUUGAUAUAAAAAUCCUAGAAAAUAAAUGAAAAAUUAAAAAAUAAGCAGAAAGAAAAAUUACUCCGAGCAUUAAUAAAAUUAAUAAAACUUGGUCUGAG